AUGGCGCCUGUGAUGGCUCGCCGCCGUAAACGGGGGGCUCGGAACCAGCUGGUUCUGCACGCCAGGUCACCAUUAGUCGAAAGGCCCAUUUGGUUUCCGCAACGCAACAUCAACCCCACCGCCUCGCGCUGCAGGGGCGCCAUGCGGAGACACCACACGGGCUUCUCCAACGGAGGUGCAGCAGCUGUGCGCGGGUCGACGCGCCGCCACAACGCACGGCAGCGCUCGUUUCUACACCCCGCAGCCGACGCAGGCGCCUCUUACCUCGGCACGCAGCUGGGCGAGGAGCGGUCCACCUCCCAGGUGGCGUACAGGUUCAUGUGCACCGGCCGGUUGGAGGUGAUCGUCACCGGCUUGGAGGGCUGCAUGUGCGGCGAGGGGACUCCGCCGGUCCGCGGCGGGGGCCCGCCUCCUCCUCCGCCACCACCUCCUCCUCCUCCUCGCUCCGACAUCCCGGAGGGGCUGGAGGGUCAAAUAAUUGAGCAAAUUGUCAAACCCGCUCGUGUGGUUAGUCCCGGUUGGUCCCGGUUGCUCUCCGGACUGGAAGGUCUUCCUCGCCCGGGCAGUCUUGCCGUCUUCACCGGGACCCCGCUCCGUGGCUCCGUCUGCGCCACACCGACCCGCCGCUGUUCCGUCGGGCUGACUUACGAGAUUCACAUUCGAGCCGCGAACCGUCCGCCUCAGCCCGGAGGACCGACUUUCUGGAUCAAUCCGCAGUUCAAGGUGGACCUGCAGCAUCCUGACGUGGCAGGUAAUUCUGGCUGCAGCUUCCUGGUGGCCCUGAUGCAGAAAGACCGCCGGAAGAAACGCCGAGAGGGGAAAGACAUGGAGACCAUCGGCUUCGCCAUCUAUGAGGUAGACAGACAGUACACGGGCAGGUCAGGAGUUCAUCUGAAAAGGGAUUUCUUCCUGACUCACGGCUCCAGCGCUCGCUCCGAGCUCUUCAUCAACCUGCGGGAGGUCAGCUCCAGGUUCAGGCUGCCAGCUGGGGAGUAUAUCAUCGUCCCCUCCACCUUCGAACCUCAGAAGGAGGCGGACUUUGUCCUCAGGGUGUUCUCCGAGAAGCCCGCCAACUCUGAGGAACUGGAUGACGAUGUCACAGCGGAGCUUCCAGCGGAGACUGAGCUGGAGGAGAGCCAAAUCGACCAGGGCUUCAAGAGCCUCUUUAGACAGCUGGCAGGGCCGGACAUGGAGAUCAGCGUCACAGAGCUGCAAACCAUCCUGAACCGAAUCAUCAGCAAACAUAAAGACCUGAAAACGGACGGUUUCACCAAAGAAGCCUGUCGCAGUAUGAUAAACCUGAUGGAUACGGACGGCAGUGGGAAACUGGGUCUGACAGAGUUUCACGUCCUCUGGGAGAAAAUCAAGCGAUACCUGACGAUUUUCAGGGAGUUUGAUUUGGACAAAUCCGGCACCAUGAGUUCCUACGAGAUGAGGAUGGCUCUGGAGUCGGCAGGGUUCAAGUUGACCAACCACCUCUUCCAGCUGAUCAUCCUUCGCUACACUGAGGCCGACCUUUCUGUUGACUUCGACAACUUCGUCACCUGUCUGGUGCGACUGGAGACCAUGUUCAAGACUUUCAAGACAAUGGACACCGACGCAGACGGAGUCAUAUCCCUCAAUUUCUUCCAAUGGAUAUCGCUCACCAUGUUUGCUUAGAGAUGGACGGACUCCUGAUAGGCGGACGCCCUGGAUAAAUGGAGCGCUGUGACCUGAUGUGUCCCGGGUUCACUAGCACAAGUGCCUUUCCUCUGGACCCUGGUCUUCUUCUGGACCCUGUUCUUCUUCUGGACCCCGGUCGUCUUUUGGACCCUGGUCUUCUUCUGGACCCUGGUCUUCCUCUGGACCCUGGUUGUCUUUUGGACCUCGAUCUUCUUCUGGACCCUGGUCUUCCUCUGGACCCUGGUCUUCCCCUGGACCCUAGUCUUCUUCUGGACCCUGGUCUUCCUCUCUGUCGCAUGCUGCCAAGCCCAUCUUAUUUGUAAAGACUCCACUUCCAUGUUUACAUGAACUGUAUGAGGAACACUUGCCAAAGCACUGCCCAGACUUACCGCCUGCAGUGUCACACGUCACGGACGGAUGUUCGUACUUUUCCAAUGACAGUCAGUUUAACAGAUUACUUGGUGAUUUCAGUCAUAUUAUUCCCUUAUUGAUGUUUUUGUAAUUACGUGCUCAAAAUAUAAGUACAUCCACCCACCCAUCCAUUAUCCAAGCCGCUUAUGCCAACCGGGGUCGUGAGACACAAUUUUCGGAAAAUUAUGAAAACUAUCCCUAAUCCAUACUGAAUUUUUCCGACCAUUAGUUGUUUUUCUCUUUCAGUUGAUUUUGAUAAAACAUGAGCUGGUCCAAGCUGUGUGGACCAGCCAUGAUAACGCCACACAAACGAACAAACAAACAGUACAGAGAGUUUACCUGCUCACGGUGGAAAUGUGUCCUCUAACUGGAUUUCAUCGGGUGGCGGUACGGUUGGCGCAGUGGUUAGCGCGGUCGCCUCACAGCAAGAAGGUCCUGGGUUCGAGCCCCGGGGUAGUCCAGCCUUGAGGGUCGUCCCGGGUCGUCCUCUGUGUGGAGUUUGCAUGUUCUCCCCGUGUCUGCGUGGGUUUCCUCCGGGGGCGCCGGUUUCCUCCCACAGUCCAAAGAUGUGUAGGUCAGGUGACUCAAAGACAUGUAGGUCAGGUGAACCAGCUGUACUAAAUUGUCCCUAGGUGUGAAUGUGUGUGUGUGAGCCCUGUGAUGGCCUGGCGGCCUGUCCAGGGUGUCUCCCCGCCUGCUGCCCAAUGGCUGCUGGGAUAGGCUCCAGCAUCCCACGACCCGAAUUCGGAUAAUGGACGGAUGGAUGGAUUUCAUCAGGUAAAGGGAAGACAGGAACAUCGGGCGUCCAGCUUUGUUAGAGGUCCUCACCUCGAAGAGACACGUUUCUUAGAGGAGCAGUUACGUUUUCUGACGAAUCAGACGUCCGCUUGUCACUGACUUCACCGGCUUAGGGAAUUUGCUCAGUAGAAACCCAUCCAGUAUAGUCCGGAUCUGAUCUUUUCUUUUUUAAAUCCGACAACGGUAUUAAAAGGUUUGGUAGUUUUUGGAAAUGCUGUUCAUCAGAGGCAGUGAGAUUUACAUGCGAAGGAGAAAUGGGAUUUUUAGGAGACAUCCGUUUAAAUGCUAAUCCGUCGAUUACUGCGUACACAGGGAUAUCGGUAAAGCAACUACUCCAAUAAUCCGCAGAAACCGUGCAUUUACGGCUUUCCGCCAUUUCUCCAAACUUGAGCCCGUCACUUUUAUCAAUCCACAGGUUCGGUUCUGCGACAGGGUUCGGGGUGGGACCCGGGUGCAGACACCAGCAAGGCCGAGUCAUGCGGUGGUUCAACAACUGAAAAGGCCUUUACUUGGCCACACCGACGAGAAUCCAGAAAUAAGGCAGAACAGACCAAAGCAGCAGUUAAGACUAGGCAGCAGGUUAACAUCCGGUGCAGUGAUUAAUCCUGAUGGGCAACAGGUGAGUGGGGGAUGCGAGGUGCAGGACGAGGACUGGCCAGAAGAGGGAGGCAGGGAGGGCAGCUACUAUUCAGCUAAUGUUGCCAUUCAUUUUCGUAUUCAUAACUACUGAAAGUAGACGACGACGUGUGAUUUUGGAUGGCAGCGAACAUCGGCCCUAAUUGAAGCCAUCCAAGAUCGGCGACUUCCCUUGGACACGUGUUGUUUCAAAGACCGGGGAAAAAAAACCAAAACCCUUAAAUUUGAUUCCCGAGUGCACCUUACCGUGAUUUUGGCCUUCAUUAUGGCAACGACCACGGAUGUGUAGACUCGCUAGCCCCGGGCUAACGGGUCGGGCCUUUUAGUCGACCGGUUAGCGUAGUCGCCCGUGGUGCGGGGAGACCCGGGUUCGCGUCCCGGCUGCGGCGGUUCCCGGCUGCCCCCCCUCCCUGAAUUCGCCACAUCGGUGUCAGAAGUGGGACGGUGAGGCCAUCGGAAGCGCGUGCGCCCAGAGGCUGGUGGGAGCUGACAUUCUGAAGCGCGGGGACGCGCUUGCCGGGGGGGGGGCGGGGGUAGUGUAACGACAACGAAUGAGUAGACUCGCUGGUUGGCUAAUGCGUCGCCCGUGGUGCAGGUGUCGCGGGUUCGCGCCCCGGCUGCGGCGGUUCCCGGCUGCCCCCCCCCCCCUGCAUUCGCUACAGUAUUAAGAAAGACCAUUAUUGGGGUUCAUAGUAUUACCACAAUCGGGGUAAGUUCUGUGUGUUAAUGUGCAUGUACACGCACCCAUUGACUGCGUAGAUUCUUGUCCUCGCUCACUUUCACAUUGGAGGGCGUCCAGGGGGGUCGGACCGAGUCUUUGCAGCUCGUCUCACGCUUGAUUUGUAUUCCUUCUUCUUCGCAGCUUGUGUCGGGCCUGUGGGUUUGUCUGAACAUUGUGCGGUUAUGACCCAGUGCCGGGCCUGCGGAUCUGUUGGGGUAGCAUGUUUUCUUGAGCCACGUGCACUUCUUCAUAGAGUCAUUUUAAAUUCAGGACACAUCCACUAUUCAUCACGCAUGGCUGUCAGUCCGCAUUUUAGCCAAGUAUGACAAAAAAAACAAAUUCACUUGUAAAUUUAAGGUUUCAUGGUUUGAAACGUGGCUUCAGUUUAGCCUUGUUUUGUUUUGUCUUGCCAAUCAAAGGGAACAAGAAUGUGCUGCUUCUGGGUGGAGGUAUAUAUAUAUAUGUGUGUGUGUGUGUGCGUGUGUGUGUAGUUAUGCAGCGUCAGUUUACUUUUGUGUGCAUGUUGUGUGAAACGUGGUCAGCCUUCCUGAAACCCUGUCAGUUUCACCAGGGCAGCGCGUGGGAAACGCCAGCAGAGGGAGGAAGCGGAAGAGCGACGCGCUUUCCGGCUCUCGUGCGCCCGGGGAAACUGCCGUCUUUCACCAGCCAAGAAACCUUGCUUAACUGUCCUUUAAGUAGUACCGCCAUGGGUUGGAAAUUAGUCGCACUAUUUUGUAACAGGUUGAAAUGUGGUGUCGUCUCGUUUUGGAGGGAAAUUGGUUUCCCUCCAAAACUGAAGGAGAGGAGUUAAAACACUUGAAAAAGUCAUAUAAAGAUCAUAUGUUGUUUACAAUGUCUGGCCAUUCUGUGUCCUUCUGGGCCCUUUUAAAUCACACAAUAAAGCCUGAUACUUUUAAAUCACACAAUAAAGCCUGAUACU